AUGCCUGUUGCGUUUUCAUAUGAUGAACUGCGCGUUGCAACCGAUGAUUUCAAGGAAAUACUUGGAAGAGGAGGCUUCGGGUCUGUGUUCAAAGGAGUACUUGCUGAUGGAACAGGAAUUGCUGUAAAGCGUUUGGAUAAAUUAGGCCAAGGAAAGAGGGAAUUUGUAGCUGAAGUUGAGACAAUUGGAAGUCUGCACCAUUUUAACUUGGUGAGGCUGAUAGGAUUUUGUGCAGAGAAAUCACACAGGCUUUUAGUAUACGAGUAUCUGAGUAACGGAUCAUUGGAUAUUUGGAUUUUUAAGAAAAUCGAAGGAUCUUCCCUUGAUUGGGAGACACGAAAGAAGAUUAUUCUUCACAUCGCGAAAGGGCUGGCUUAUCUUCAUGAAGAAUGCCGACAGACCAUAAUGCACCUCGAUAUAAAGCCGCAGAACAUACUCUUAGAUCCAAAUUUUAAUGCCAAAAUCUCUGACUUCGGGUUAUCUAAACUGAUUGAUAGGGAGAUGAGCCAAAUUCAACUGACAAUGAGAGGAACCCCUGGAUAUCUUGCUCCAGAAUGGCAUCAAGCAUUAGGUCGCGUCACAGUAAAAGUUGACAUUUACGGCUUUGGAAUUGUUCUACUGGAAGUAGUUUGUGCACGCAGAUGUGUAGAUCACUCGCAACCAGAAUCUGCUUUCAAUUUGCUUAGAAUGUUGCAGAACAAAGCUGAAUACAUUAUGGAAUAUUUAGUUGACUAUAAGCAGAGUGAUAGAGAAGAAAUAAUCCGGAUGAUAAAUAUUGCUGCUUGGUGUUUGCAAGAUGAUCCAGAAAGAAGACCUCUCAUGUCAACAGUUGUAAAGGUGUUGGAGGGUGUAAUGGAGGUGGAUUCAAAACUGGUGUAUAAGUUUUCACAUGCACUGGCACCACCUCCUGUUGUUGAUGACCAUAUUUCUUCAGCACCACCACCAGCAUCUGUUCUUUCUCAUCCUAGAUGA